AUGGCGACAAUCAAUACUCCCAUCUCUGGUGGAGAUCACUUGAACACCUCCGUCAAGUCUUACGGUGCCAGCUUGGCCAGCAAAUCGGUCGUAUUCUCCGAUCUUGAUGAAUCGGAACGCUAUUUCUUGAAUAUUAUGAAAGAUAUCGCGAAACCUUCACCCCUCGCGAAAUAUCUCGUCGCCUCCACUUUCUAUGAAUCCCAUCAUUCCUCGUUCAUUCGGAAUCUCACACAGCCAUCUCCCAUUCUCAGAAAUGCGACUGUAGCCUGCGCAGCAGCUCUUCUUGGAGACCAAUCCAACGAGUAUGUCAAAAAAGGCUUGGAGAUUGGACAUAGACGGGCGGCAUUGGCAGUUUCGUCCCUCCGAUCACUCGAGAUCGAUAACGAACAAGACUUGGUGACUGCAAUUGUACUCGGGGUUGCGUUGUUGACUUUUGCGAUGCACGUGGCCGACGGCCAGCCCUUCUUGAUCUCGCAUUACACCCUAAGUCUCAUCAAAAUGCGAUGUCCAGAUUUGUCGCGCCUAGAUCCAUCACUAAUGGAUUUUUUGAUGUGUCUAGUCUGCGCAGAGACGUUUGAAUGCGUUCUUCGAUCGCGAGUUCCCAGUCUGAAGGUGAACACCCACGACCGAGGAUGCUUUGUUGACCGUUAUCUCGGCAUCAGCUCGCCAAUGCUUUCCUACUACUAUGAUAUAUGCCAAGCCGGCAAUUCGCUCCAAAAAGUGGGCAUGGCAGAUGACCCGGAUUUGCUUAGACGACUGAAGGGAAUACAACUUGCUGUGGAAGAAUGGCAACCGUUACAACCACCAGACUUUGUUGAACGAUUCACUCAUAUUGAAGUCGUGGUUAUGAUAGCGCAAACCAAAAUCCUUCGACUGGCUGCCCUGCUUAUAAUACAUCGUUUACGCCAUCCAUUUGGGAAGCAGGACACAGAUGCGCUACUGUUGUCUAACGCGAUCAUAGCUGAAUUCGAAACGGUUAUUCAUAUUUCCCAUCACUCGAUUCCAUGCACUUCACUUGCAUACCUGGCUGCCUGUUUUGAAGUCGUCGAGAAAGAAGCAAGGCAAAGGGUGCUAGAGAGAAGUACCCAAAUAGUUACCUUCUCAAAACAGGCGCAAAUCCAUUUCAAGGUUACGCUAAGUUCCAUGUGGAAGGCAAGGGACUCUAGGAAUCCAUUUUACUGGUUUGAACUCCACAAAUAUGUCUCUGGACCAAAAAUAAGAUAA